CGCCAAUCAACUUCCAAGGGCGCCCCAGGAGGCCCUCGGACGGCCAAAGAGAGCCCCAAGAUGGCCCAAGAGGCCGCCAAGACGGCUCCGUACGUAGCCAUUUUGGCUCAAGUCAAUUUGGCUCAAGCUGGUCUGGCACAAUGAUCAAGCGUGCCUUGGCAAAUGAGUCUGGCUUCGGCUAUGCUGCCUUUGACCGUCCCUAGACCGCUCGUGCCCACGUUUCCAGAUGUCUGAAUAACUUGGGCCGUACGGUUUCCGGCGUCUGGGGAAAGCCAUCUCUCGAUAUGUUCUUAUGCGGAGUGGUUGGUCGGGCACGUUCUUCGCGUGCGUUGCCGUUCUUCGUUUUUCAGGUGAGUGCAGUACCUGUUGCUCGGCCAGUUUCGCACACGCCAUUGUUACAUCCAAGGUGCCUUAUGGUGAGUAGUUUUGGCCGUGUGCAGCAUCGGUCAGGAAACAUUUGGGUUGGCAGUUUGAAUGCAAGUGGCUAUCGAGUAAUUAGAUUCGCCGGCCGCACCCGUCGUGUCCAUCGUCUUGUAGCAGAGGUAUUCCUUGGGCCUCCCCCAACACCAUGGCAUUCUCAUAUCAACCAUAAAGAUGGAGUUAAAUCUAACAAUCAUGUGGCCAACCUAGAGUACGCCACACCUUCACAUAAUACUCUUCAUUCAUACUCUGCCAACCCAGAUCGUAAGACUGGUGGGUGGAUGCUUGCUAGACCAAUAUUGGGCAGAUUCGUUGGGACCAAUGUGUGGACCCAGUACCCAUCCAUGGUCGAAACCGCGCGACAAUUGAGCCUGAGUUCGUCAUGUCUUUCAAGAUGUUGCAGGAAUUUGUCGAAACAAGCCCGCGGCUACGAGUGUAAUCUAUGUGAUGCAAUCUGUUUCGAGCAACCUAUAUGGUGCAAUUGAGGUGGUACAGAAUAUGCGGUGCAAUCCGCGUAUUGCAAUCAAUGCUGUGCAAUAUUUAUUGUGCAAUUUUUGUGGGUGUGCAUUGUAUGUUGUGCGUUCUAUGUUGUGCAAACUAUGUUGUUCAAUCCAUACCUCUUACUCCAGUGCGAAGCCCUCGUUUCGGCAUCGCCUCUGGAGGGCUUCUGGGCGGCCUCUGCAGGGUUCCGAAAGGCUCCUGCAGAGGCGUCACAAGUGUCCCGCAGAGGCGCCAAUCAACUUCCAAGGGCGCCCCAGGAGGCCCUCGGACGGCCAAAGAGAGCCCCAAGAUGGCCCAAGAGGCCGCCAAGACGGCUCCGUACGUAGCCAUUUUGGCUCAAGUCAAUUUGGCUCAAGCUGGUCUGGCACAAUGAUCAAGCGUGCUUUGGCAAAUGAAUAUGUCUUAGGCUAUUAUGUCUUUGACCGUCCCUAGACCGCUCGUGCCCAUGUUUCCAGAUGUCUGAAUAACUCGGGCCGUACGGUUUCCGGCGUCUGGGGAAAGCCAUCUCUCGAUAUGUUCUUAUGCGGAGUGGUUGGUCGGGCACGUUCUUCGCUUGCGUUGCCGUCCUUCGUUUUUCAGGUGAGUGCAGUACCUGUUGCUCGACCAGUUUCGCACACGCCGUUAUUACAUCCAAGGUGCCUUAUGGUGAGUAGUUUUGGCCGUGUGCAGCAUCGGUCAGGAAACAUCGGGGUUGGCACUUUGACUGCAAGUGGCUAUCGAGUAACUACAGUCGCUGGCCGCAUACGUCGUGUCCAUCGUCUUGUAGCAGAGGCAUUCCUUGGGCCUCCCCCAACACCAUGGCAUUCUCAGAUCAACCAUAAGGAUGGAGUUAAAUCGAACAACCAUGUGGCCAACCUAGAGUACGCCACACCUUCGCAGAAUGUUCUUCAUUCAUAUUCUACCAACCUGGAUCGUAAGACUGGUGGGUGGAUGCUUGCUAGACCAAUCUUGGGCAGAUUCGUUGGGACCAAUGUGUGGACCCAGUACCCAUCCAUGGUCGAAGCCGCGCGACACUUGGACCUAAGUUCGUCAUGCAUUUCAAGAUGUUGCAGGAACUUGUUGAAACAAACCCGCGGUUACGAGUUCAAGUACGCAUUGGCCGAUGUGUUAGAGAAUGCUCCUGGUGAGGAGUGGAGGCAGGCAGUGCAUCCAGACACAGGAGAGAGUCUGUCUCAUUGGAUUGUGAGUUCUGAAGGUCGGGUUAAGUCUUCCAGGACAUGCGUGGGCUGGGGCACUCGAUGUCCCGAUCAAUAUCUAAGAGUAAACGUCGCUGGAAGCUCGCUCUCUGUGCAUAGACUUGUGGCUCGCGCUUUCAUCGGCCCACCACCAGAUCCAGAACGCUGUGAGAUCAACCACAUCGAUCGCGAUCGAGCGAAUAAUCGGGCUUGUAAUCUGCAGUGGGUCUCGCGCAGUGAAAACGUAUUACUUUCGUACAAAACGGACCGAAUCAGGGGCCCAAUGGCGCUCGGCAAACCUGUUGUCACAAAACACUUGAUCACCAAGGAAACAGCACAGUACCCGUCUAUGCUAGAAGCUGCUCGCCGCCUCAAUUUGAAUUAUGGGAAUGUUCGUGCUUCUUGCUACGGAAGGGUCACAAGUGUUGGCACGUACACGAUUCGAUUCGUUGAGCAGCAAGUCCCCGACAUUCUGGUUGGGGAAGAGUGGCGGCCUUGGCGACCCAGUCAGUUCGACAUCAGAAGGUAGCCUUUCCAGGUGCGUAGUGAAGCAUGUCUGGCAGCAGGCGUCCUCGAUGCAGAUCGACUGAGCCUGUGGGGCCUGGAGAGCUGUGCAAGCCCACUGUGGAGAUCAGCUCUCGGUCCCGGGCCUGUCGAGCGCUGCGAGAACCACCCCCCUAAAAAAAGAGGCCGCCACGACGGCCCAAAGGCGACCCCGAAGAUUU